GGAGGAACAGGAUGGGCAGGACAGGAGAGGGGAUAGUACACACGCACAGGUAAAGGUGAGCUUCUCCGUCGCGCCCUACGAGGGGAAGCAUUAGUUGUGUUGACGCCUUUGUUUCUCCAUUUUGAGCCGACUGCGUAACCAAGAAAAUGGUGAAGGAGGAGCAGGAGUUAGCCAACCGGCCUGACAACACAGCCUUCACCCAGCAGAGGCUUCCGGCAUGGCAGCCCAUGCUCUCCGCCGGCAUUGUCAUCCCAGGUUUUGUAAUCAUCGGCCUGGCCUUUAUUGGGAUUGGCGUUGCUCUCUUUGUCACCUCUCACAGCAUCCAAGUGUUGGAGUUGGACUACACUGGGGUUGAAAACACUGAACCAUGCUACAGGUGCUCUGAUCCAAGUUCCAAGAACUGUGUGUGCACGCUGGAAUUCUCCAUUGACAGUCUUUUUGAGGGGCCCGUGUUCUUUUAUUAUGGUUUGACCAACUACUUCCAGAACUACAGAAAGUAUGGUGCGUCUAGAGAUGACAACCAGCUGUCUGGAGACCUGGAUUACUUUAAGAGUCCCGGUAACGACUGCGCUCCCUAUCAGUAUAACAGCAACAACAAACCAAUUGUACCAUGUGGAGCGAUAGCAAACAGCAUGUUUAAUGACACCUUCAAGCUGUAUCAGAUCAUCCGUGGGUCAAAGAAGCUGGUGCCCUUCGAUGGAAAAGGGAUUGCCUGGUGGACGGACUACAACAUCAAAUACAGAAACCCGUCUGUCACGCCUCUGAAAAAUGCUUUCAACGAUACUGUGAAACCCCUAUUUUGGUCCAAGCCUGCUUAUGAGCUGGACCCCACAGAUCCUGCUAACAAUGGCUUCAUCAAUCAAGACUUCCUGGUGUGGAUGAGGAGGGCAGCCUUGCCCGAUUUCAGAAAGUUGUAUCGACGAAUCACAGAGGGCGAUUAUGCCAAGGGGUUGCCGGCUGGAAAUUACUCCCUUGAAAUCGCCUACAACUAUCCUGUGAUGAGCUUUGACGGGAGAAAGAAGGUGGUGCUGAGCAACGUGUCCUGGAUGGGUGGCAAGAAUGAAUUCCUGGGCAUUGCGUACCUCGUGAUUGGCUCACUGUGUGUCGUCAUGUCCAUAGUCAUGCUCAUUGUCUAUGCUAAAUUCAAGUUUCCUGAGGAAGACUGAUUUCCUUGUUGUGGACACCUUAGGAACAAUUUUAUUUUUUUUACUUCUUUUUUUUCAAUGGGAUGAUAAAAGCACAGUAGAUUGCUCCUGUGUGUUAUUCUGGGGAAGAUCUCCCCCAAAUGUGCGAAAGAAGCCUGGUGUCAUUUUGUGAGGCAGGACUCGGCACUGUUUCCUCACUGCAAUAUAGGAAGUGGUUACCAUUCAUUACUAGUGGAACCGCUGUAAGAGAGCUGUCUCAGGGAAGUGUCAGUGCUCACAGGCCAAGUCCAAAAUCAUAAUGUGUAUUACUGUAAAUAUACUUCUGUCUAUACUGUCUAUACUUGAUAGCAUGAUAAAGUGUCCACUAUGAAUCUUAAUGGUUGAAUAUCAAGGUAGAGUGAAUGUAGAAUGGAUAUACACUGUGUGCAGGCUGAUAUUUGCUGGACAAAAGGAGGCAUACAUCUUAUGUGUGCUCUUGUAUAUUCACUUCAGCUCGUCUAGUUUACUUAACAAUACUUGUGGCAGGGUGUUUCCCUCAGGCUUGUAGUACUGUAUCUCUUAAAUGUGUGGUUUGAUAAUCACAAAAUGAGUAGCCUCCUCAUUUUAGGUCGAUAAUAUUAAAGCCAUAAAUGAUUUCAUAAGCCAUUUAAUACCGGACAAAAAGUUACUCUUGAUGUGUGUAGCGAAGUUUGAAAAUAAUGCUGUAAAUUGUGGGAAUGUUUCUUUUCAAACUCAGGGAUCUGGUUUAUAGGGCUUCUGUUUACUGAGAUUUUACUUCAUGAUAAUAUUUAUUUAAUAAAAUGGCAUCAAAACCAUA